UCUAUGAGACACUUCAACUUAUCUAUCAGAACUCCGAAAAGCUACUAAAAACAACAGAAAAAAUCGAAAAAAGGCAGUUAGGAAAAAAAAAUGAAGGGUUCUUCCAUGAAGCUCAGUGAGAUUAUAGAAAGGUGGAGGAAGAGGAAGAAGGGCCAUUUUGCUGUCUACACCAGGGAAGGAAAACGGUUCGUUGUGCCUCUAUACUAUUUGAAUCACCCCAUCUUCAGGGUGCUAUUGGAGAUGGCCGAGGAGGAGUUUGGUACAGCAAAUCAUGGGCCAUUGCAAGUUCCGUGUGAGGAAGAAUUGAUGGACUCCAUUCUCUCUCUGCUAAGGAAGAAUCCUUCGGUGAAUAUGGACAAAGCUUUAGCGUCCAUGACUACCUGUAGGGGAGCUUCAAUAUCUGCUUUCCUUGGCCAUGGUGAGCACCAAUCUAUGGUUUCAUGAGACACAAAAAUUUCAAGGCUUUAACAUACUAUUUUGCUGGCUGAGGACACUUUGUGCAUUGAACGAGUUUAGGACAGUUAUCUGUUCCCAGUUCCCUUUUUCUUUUGUAUAUCUAGUUUAGAGCAGAAAUGGUGUAGCUAGGGUACUGAUUAUCUACCAAUAAAUUCACUUAAAAUGAUUAAAACUCCUUUAAUUAAUAGACAAUUUUAGCUCACCAUUCAUCGGCUUUAGCUGCCAA